UGUAAAAGGGCCAAGGACACAGGGAUGGGCAAAUGAAGGAAAGGCGGAGAGGGAGACCAAGAGCUGAGGGAGAAAAUUCUGUGGAGAGGUGUGGGAAAGGGGUGGAGCUGGCACCCUUGCCUUAAGAGCUGAGUGACAGCCCAAGGGAUACAAAAGACUGGUUGAACCAGGUAGGGAAAGCUGCCUAAAGCCCCGGACAGGCACACAGGCCCAGGUCUGUAGGCCACAGCAGCUGCAGUGCUGAAAGGUUGCAACACCCAGACCUCCAGGAGAGAUCAGGCCCAGGAUGCCUCGCCUGUUCUUGUUUCAUCUGCUAGGAGUCUGUUUACUACUGAACCAAUUUUCCAGAGCAGUCGCGGCCAAAUGGAUGGACGACGUUAUUAAAGCAUGCGGCCGCGAAUUAGUUCGCGCGCAGAUUGCCAUUUGCGGCAAGAGCACCUUGGGCAAAAGGUCUCUGAACCAGGAAGAUGCUCCUCUGAAACCUAGACCAGCGGCAGAAAUUGUGCCAUCCGUCAUCAACCAAGAUACAGAAACCAUAAAUAUGAUGUCAGAAUUUGUUGCUAAUUUGCCACAGGAGCUGAAGUUAACCCUGUCUGAGAGGCAGCCAGCAUUACCAGAGCUACAACAACAUGUACCUGUAUUAAAAGAUUCCAAUCUUAGCUUUGAAGAAUUUAAGAAAAUUAUUCGCAAGAGACAAAGUGAAGCCACAGACAGCAGUCCUUCAGAAUUAAAAUCCUUAGGCUUGGAUACUCAUUCUCGAAAAAAGAGACAACUCUACAUGACAUUGUCUAAUAAAUGUUGCCAUAUUGGUUGUACCAAAAAAUCUCUUGCUAAAUUUUGCUGAGAUGAAGCUAAUUGUGCACAUCUCGUCUAAUAUUCACACAUAGUCUUGAUGACAUUUUCACUCAGAUCCCACCAAUUCUUAGAAUAUAAGAAACCUUUGUUGAUGUUUAGACUUUUUUAUUUGAUGUGUAAGAAAAUGUUCUUUGUAUUAUUGUAGUUUCUGUAAAUGACACUUUUUAUGCUGAAAACCCUUUUUGUCUUUUUAUUAACAUUAUGAUUAUGUUGUGUUAUUCUUUUUCAUGCUGUUAAUGUAAAAUUACAAUAAAACCUCUGCCACUUUAACCAUA